AAGUUUAGCUUCUAUACUUCCGCGGUAAGGAUUAGAUGUGUAGUUACAUUGUACCGUUUAGUUUAGAGAUGCGGCUACCUUAGCCUGACAACGUUACAAUUAAUUUUGGAUAUUGUGUGCAAUUGGUGGUGCGGACGAAGAGGCGUUUUUGUCAUUUAUUGAAAGAGUAACGAUUACUAACCUUCCGCAAGUCUGUCUGUCCGUGUUGAGGUCUUUUUGGUAGCAUAGUCAACAGCCUUUAUCUACAGUUAGAGUAACGAUAUCUGGAAUCGACCAUAGAAAACUGAGGGAAUUGGGAUACUAGCCUAACGUUACACACAUUUCGAUUUAGUAGUUGUUACCCGAUAGUUAUUGUUAACUUUCGGUAUGCAGUAAGUGGAAGUGUUAUACGAACGAACGAUAGCUUUAAGUUAGCUCUAACUUAACGUUACAGUUCGACAUCUUUCCUUCAUUGCUCUAAAUACACAGUUCACGUAACGCUAUCUAGCGUGGUAGCAGAUGUAGCUGAACUAGCAUUUCUCAGUCACCUAUCGUUUACGGGUGCCAGCGUCAACAGAUUGUUCCUAGCUUGCCAACUCCCGUGUUUUUAUUAGCGCAAACAUCGACUAACUACACUACAGUGUUUUGAACUGUUAGCUGGCUAGUAUCUAUAGUCGAGUUUAUAGCAUUCGGUGGUAGCUCUUGGCAAAUGUUAGGUAGCUAAUGCAAAACGACCGGGAGUGAAACAACGUAGUCUAAGUAACCUUGUACCUGACUAGUUUAGUUGGAGGCCUUGUGUGAUCGUGAUAUUUUUCUACAAGGUUGGCCAUUGGCGAUAAUUCACACGUAGUUUGCUAACUGCCAAUUUGUGAAGACGGGGUUCUUAAUCUCGCGUUUAUGACGAUUUAUUUAGUCUAACAAAAUAGGUCGCGCUACGUAAGUACUACUAUCGCGCGUUAUUGUUUAUAUUAUUGUUCGCAAACGUUAGGUGGCCAACCAUAACUGGGGUGGGAGCUAGCUAAUAACGAUACUCCUGAGGGAACUCGUUAUUGACUGAUAAUUACAGUAUGAAUGGGUUUAGUACGGAAGAAGACAGCCACGAUGGCCCGUCGGCGCCGCCGUUUUACGGCCAGAGUUGUUGUUUAAUUGAAGACGGGGAGCGCUGUGGCCGCUCUGCUGGAAACGCCUCCUUCAGCAAGCGGAUCCAGAAGAGCAUAUCGCAGAAGAAACUGAAACUGGACAUCGACAAGAGCGUGAGACACCUGUACAUCUGUGACUUCCACAAGAACUUCAUCCAGAGCGUCCGCAACAAACGCAAGAGAAAAACCAGCGACGAUGGCGGGGAAUCCCCCGACCACGACGUUGAAAUACCAGAGGUGGAUCUGUUUCAGCUUCAGGUGAACACUCUGAGACGCUACAAGAGGCACUACAAGCUGCAGACCAGGCCCGGCCUUAACAAAGCACAGCUGGCAGAGACGGUGAGCCGUCACUUCCGGAAUAUUCCUGUGAACGAGAAGGAGACGCUGACCUACUUCAUCUACAUGGUGAAGAGCAACAAAAGCCGACUGGACCAGAAAUCCGACGGCAGUAAACAGCUUGACUGAGGUUACAUAUUUCAGCGCGAUUUUAAUUUGGUGGUUGUGCUCGUAAGCCGAAUGGUUUGUAGGCCUACCCAGCCUGGCCUAAAUUAAGACUUUUCAGACUCCGCAGGGUGAAUUUAUUUUGUGAAUACACCAUUAUCUGGAAGAAAUAAUUCAUUUAGUUAAGCCCCAGAUCCAAUCUUUAUACUUAACUUUAUACUACAAAUGUAGGGGUUAUAAACCCCCCACACAGUUUACUGGUGAGUCUUUCCAACUGUUAAAUGUUGUGUCGAAAACAGAAGUAGCAGUUUCUUAAUAUUGUUCCACAGAACUCCGUCAUAUUGAGUUGCAGUUGAAUAAAAUGUAACGGACGAGACCCAGUUUGGCUGAGGUAGAAAUAGGCCUACUCUUAUGGUGAUUUUUUAUUAUUAUCCUUUUUCUACUUCAAAUUCUUGUCUUGGCUGUUCAUUGUGCCAAACCCCAGGGCAAAAAAAGUUAAUCCUGAUGGAAAUGUUCCCCUUGGUGAUUUUGCUGAGAUAACGCCGGCAGCGUGGUCCAGUAGCUAAUGCUGUGAGUGCCGAGAAAGCGUCGUUAUUUAAAUACGGACUGCUGCGCCGAGACUGAAGACUGUCAGAGACUCUGGGCCUGACCGGUGUAGCCUGCCGCUUCUCUGUGCUGAUUUGACACUUUCCCCCUUCAGCUCUGUUGUUUUCUGCCCGUCUUUCUGUGACUGGCAGGAGCAGACCCGUAACGCAUUAGAACUCGUAAUACAGGCUGCGUUGCUUCAUACUACCGAUGACUCGCGCGUUACGAGCCACACGGCCGAGAGCUCGCCCGUUAUCAGCCUCGCGGCCGAGGACUCGGGCGUCACGAGCCGUUUCCUUCCCUGUGCGCCCUGGCUUCCCGCUUGCGCCUCUCCAGAUAUAGGAUCUGUCCGCUGAAACGUAUGAAUGUUUGAAUGUUUUAGUUUCUUAGUUUGAGAUUGUAUGGACUAUGUAAAUUAAAAAAUGACUUAUUUCCGGUCUGCUUUUUUUUUUUUUUUUUUUUUUUUUGCUUCAUGUGUCAAACGAAAUCAAGGUGUUUAAAAAUUAAAGGAUGUUUUUUUUUUUUUUUCUUUUGUACUUGUCACUUAAAGUAAAACAGCUCUAAAUUCCCACUCUACCAAGUUUUGGGGCCUGGUGGUUGGGGAGUGAUACGAUUUUAAAUGUUCAGUUUCCUCAUUUGUCAGUUUUGUCACAAUUUAAAAUCAUGAUCGUUCACAGUUUGUUUUUAGACAGUGGUUAAUUCAUUUCACUCAAAAACUGAAAUGGUUGUUUAAUCUUCAGUGAGGCCUUUUAUUAUAUUUCACCCUAAAAAUUGAAUAUUAAUAUUGAAUAAAGCAGAAUUAAUUCAGGAGACAAUUUUUACUGUAAAUAACUUCUGUGGAGAAAAAGCCUUUUGUUUUAUUGACUCAAGGUGCAGAUGUCCUCUUCAGUGUAGCCAAAUGGAAAGGCUUAAAUGUUAGAAUUAUUCCCUCCUCCGGACCGAAGCUUCUGUAGCCGUUUUGGCUACAGUCAGUGGUGAGAGUUGAUCACGUUUACCUGUGCUGGCUGUUUAAGACAAAAUAUGGCUGUAAAAAUAUCAAUUAUGGUUCAUAAUGUUCCAGAAUAAAGUAGUGACACCAACGCUGGCACUUAAGUUUUAAGAGAAAAAAAUAAAAGAGUAUUAUGCAUCUCUAAAACCAUCCUGGCAACUGUUGUGGGGGGGGGGGGGGGGUGGUUGUUAUGAGGUAAGAAUUGUAAGUUCAGCCUGUGGGACUUCACUCUACUAUUGUACACAGCUCGUAAACUCAGAUACCUUGUCAGAGGUAUCACAGGUCUGUUAGACUUAUAGUGUUGCCUUUAAGAGGUGGUUUGUCCAUUGUAAAUUAGAUGAUGUUGCUAACACUGCAUAUCCAAGUGUGUUGUUUGCUGGAAGAACAGAUCUCGGAGAGAGGUGAUAACAUGGUAUUUUUCCACAUGUGGAGCCCUGCCCUUAGUAGAGUUUGAUCAUGUUUCUGUUAUUUGUUUGCCUUUUUAGUUUGUUUACAGUUGUCCUCCUGUGUGCUGUAGGUAAAUGCCUUUGCCAGGUCGAAUAUAGGUUGUAGAAUUUUCUGUUUUUUUCCCAAGGUUGUGUAAUAUGUAAACUCUGGCUGUAACUAAAUCGACUAAAUUGCUGUUAAUUUCCAAACGCAUAUCUAUCGUGCUGCUUAUUGCGUUUAAUAAAUGUCAUGUGUCAAUAACAA